AUGAGCAGUCCCAAACGAAGAAUCGAGACGGAUGUAGGUUCAAGACAAGCAGAACAAGAGAUGAUGAGCGACUACGAAGUCACUCUGGUCAACGAUAACAGUAUGAUUUUACCCACGCACAGGCAAGAGUUCUUUGUCCGUUUCAAGGGCCCGGAAGAGACACCCUUCCAAGGCGGCCUCUGGAAGAUUCAUGUCGAGCUACCUGACCAAUACCCCUACAAGAGUCCUAGCAUUGGAUUUGUGAACCGCAUCUUCCAUCCCAACAUCGACGAGCUAUCCGGCAGCGUCUGCCUCGACGUCAUCAACCAAACGUGGUCACCAAUGUACGAGAUGGUCAAUAUCUUCGAGGUGUUUCUUCCUCAACUCUUGCGCUAUCCUAACCCGACGGAUCCUCUCAACGGCGAAGCUGCAGCUUUGAUGAUGAGGGAGCCAAAGACCUACGAAGCCAAGGUCAAGGAAUAUGUUUCCAAGUACGCAUCGAGAGAGGCGGCAGAAGAUGCAGGCGAAGACUCGGACGACGAUGAUGAGAUGAGCAGCGUAGGCAGUUUCGACUCAGACGACGAACCCGCUGGCAACAUGGACGAGAUCUGA